AUGCGGCGAAACGUAAUCUGCGCUAAUCCCAGUAGACACAACGCAGGUCACAACCAGGUGACCCCAACCGAGGAGGUCAAACCAUCAACCCCAACACCAAGAGGUCAAACCAUCAACCCCCAACACCAAGAGGUCAAACCAUCAACCCCCAACACCAAGAGGUCAAACCAUCAACCCCCAACAACACCAAGAGGUCAAAACCAUCAACCCCCAACACCAAGAGGUCAAAACCAUCAACCCCCAACACCAAGAGGUCAAAACCAUCAACCCCCAACACCGAGGUCAAAACCAUCAACCCCCAACACCGAGGUCAAAACCAUCAACCCCCAACACCAAGAGGUCAAAACCAUCAACCCCCAACAACACCAAGAGGUCAAAACCAUCAACCCCCAACAACACCAAGAGGUCAAACCAUCAACCCCCAACACCAAGAGGUCAAAACCAUCAACCCCCAACACCGAGGUCAAAACCAUCAACCCCCAACACCAAGAGGUCAAAACCAUCAACCCCCAACACCAAGAGGUCAAAACUAUCAACCCCCAACACCGAGGUCAAAACCAUCAACCCCCAACACCGAGGUCAAAACCAUCAACCCCCAACACCAAGAGGUCAAAACCAUCAACCCCCAACACCAAGAGGUCAAAACCAUCAACCCCCAACACCAAGAGGUCAAAACCAUCAACCUCCAACACCAAGAGGUCAAAACCAUCAACCCCCAACACCAAGAGGUCAAAACCAUCAACCCCCAACACCAAGAGGUCAAAACCAUCAACCCCCAACACCAAGAGGUCAAAACCAUCAACCCCCAACACCAAGAGGUCAAAACCAUCAACCCCCAACACCAAGAGGUCAAAACCAUCAACCCCCAACACCAAGAGGUCAAAACCAUCAACCCCCAACACCAAGAGGUCAAAACCAUCAACCCCCAACACCAAGAGGUCAAAACCAUCAACCCCCAACACCAAGAGGUCAAAACCAUCAACCCCCAACACCAAGAGGUCAAACCAUCAACCCCCAACACCGAGGUCAAAACCAUCAACCCCCAACACCGAGGUCAAAACCAUCAACCCCCAACACCGAGGUCAAAACCAUCAACCCCCAACACCAAGAGGUCAAAACCAUCAACCCCCAACACCAAGAGGUCAAAACCAUCAACCCCCAACAACACCAAGAGGUCAAAACCAUCAACCCCCAACAACACCAAGAGGUCAAACCAUCAACCCCCAACAACACCAAGAGGUCAAAACCAUCAUCCCCCAACAACACCAAGAGGUCAAAACCAUCAACCCCCAACAACACCAAGAGGUCAAAACCAUCAACCCCCAACAACACCAAGAGGUCAAACCAUCAACCCCCAACAACACCAAUAGGUCAAACCAUCAACCCCCAACAACACCAAGAGGUCAAACCAUCAACCCCCAACAACACCAAGAGGUCAAACCAUCAACCCCCAACAACACCAAGAGGUCAAACCAUCAACCCCCAACAACACCAAGAGGUCAAACCAUCAACCCCCAACAACACCAAGUGGUCAAACCAUCAACCCCCAACAACACCAAGAGGUCAAACCAUCAACCCCCAACAACACCAAUAGGUCAAACCAUCAACCCCCAACAACACCAAGAGGUUAAACCAUCAACCCCCAACAACACCAAGAGGUCAAACCAUCAACCCCCAACAACACCAAGAGGUCAAACCAUCAACCCCCAACAACACCAAGAGGUCAAACCAUCAACCCCCAACAACACCAAGAGGUCAAACCAUCAACCCCCAACAACACCAAGAGGUCAAACCAUCAACCCCCAACAACACCAAGAGGUCAAACCAUCAACCCCCAACAACACCAAGAGGUCAAACAUCAACCCCAACACCAAGAGGUCAAACCAUCAGCCCCCAACACCAAGAGGUCAAACCAUCAUCCCCCAACACCAAGAGGUCAAACCAUCAUCCCCCAACACCAAGAGGUCAAACCAUCAUCCCCCAACACCAAGAGGUCAAACCAUCAUCCCCCAACACCAAGAGGUCAAACCAUCAACCCCCAACAUCAAGAGGUCAAACCAUCAACCCCCAACAUCAAGAGGUCAAACCAUCAACCCCAACACCUUAAACCUACGGCACCCAGUAUCAGCACCAAACAUCUUUUCUGCCCCAUUCUGGGGUCCAGGAGGUCAUAAAAUUGGUGCACAAAAAAGUGUUGCCAAAGUCCCAGCAAUCACAUUCCAGCACUCAAUUCCUGGGGGGCCACUUUUCUAUGCUGUGAGGCCCGAUGGGUCAGGUGGGGCUCAGGAGAAGCUUCCGCCAUAUUUCAGCAGCUUCUAUCGCUCUAUCGUGCAGCCAUGUGAUCAGCGGCGCCUCCAUCUUGCUGCCUACUUGUCUUUCCCAGGAUCCCUUCUGCCCCCCCCCAUCUUCUGA